AAAGUGCUACGCAUUGACGACGCGAAGAAUCGGUUCUCGGGGUACAGUGCACGAAACACGAUGGAGGAAUCACGUUCUACGGUCGACGUGACAGCGAUCGAGCUGCUGAAACGGCUGCUCGAAAUUCUCGACGAGGAGAAUGCGUUCGAUCGGUCGGGCAACAAACCCGUGGUGCGGUUCGUUCAACCGGACCAGUUGCGGGAACGGCUGGACAUCGAUCUGUCCGAGCAACCGGCCAGCCUGGCGGAAAUCGAGACGGCGAUACGACAAACGAUCAGAUACUCGGUGAAAACGUUCAGCCCGCACUUCCACAAUCAACUGUACGCCGGUGUCGAUGAAUACGGUUUGGUUGGAUCAUGGUUGACGGACGUGUUCAACACGAGCCAGUACACGUACGAGGUAGCGCCUGUGUUCACGUUAAUGGAACGGCAAGUGAUCGAGAGAUCUUUGGAACUGGUCGGCUAUCCACCGAUGCCAGACGGAGACGGGAUGCUGAGCCCAGGCGGCAGUAUGUCCAACAUGUACGGUAUGGUGAUCGCGAGAUUCAAAAUGUUCCCGGAGAUCAAGACAAAGGGCCUCGCGGGGCUACCGCCGCUCGUCUGUUUCACCAGCGAGGGUGGCCACUACUCGAUCACGAAGGGAGCUCACUGGUUGGGUCUUGGAACCGAUCAUGUCUACAAGGUCAAGACCGACGAGUUGGGUCGUAUGCGACCGGACGAUUUACGGGCAGGCAUCGCGGAAGCAAGAAAACAAGGCCACCUACCGUUCUUCGUCAACGCCACCUGCGGGACGACGGUCCUAGGCGCUAUCGAUCCGCUACCGGAAAUCGCGGCGAUCUGCCGUGAAGAGAAUAUAUGGUUACACGUUGACGCUUGCCUCGGCGGUACGCUACUGUUGUCGGAAAAGUAUCGGACGCGAUUAACUGGAAUCGAGCUCUCGAAUUCUGUGGCGUGGAAUCCGCACAAGAUGCUCGGCGCACCGUUCCAAUGCUCGCUGUUCUUGGUCAACGGUAAGAAUAUGUUGCACGAGACGAAUUGCGCUGGCGCGAGGUACCUUUUUCAACAGGACAAGCAUUACGACGUAUCGUGGGACACGGGCGACAAGAGCUUGCAAUGCGGACGAAAGGUGGAUGGCCCCAAGAUGUGGCUGAUGUGGAAGGCCCGAGGAACCAGAGGUCUUCGCGAAUCCGUGGACCUGGCGAUGCACGCGAUCGAGUACUUCUACGAACGGAUCAAGGGCCGCGACGGUUUUCGGUUGGUUCUUCCCAGCUACGAGUGCUGCAACGUUUGCUUCUGGUACGUGCCACCGAGCAUGCGCGGUCAAGAGGAGACGCCCGAAUGGUGGGACAAUUUGUACAGUAUCAUCACGAAGAUCAAGGAACGCAUGAUGGUCGAAGGAUCGCUGAUGGUUGGCUACACGCCGCUGUCCUACAAAAAUGUGGGCAACUUUUUCCGGAUGGUCGUCACCUGUCAGCCACCUCCGACAGAGGCUGCUAUGGAUUACGCGAUCGAGAAGAUCGAGAAGUUCGCCGUUGACUUGUGAGCGGACUGAUAUACGGGUGUAUUGACUCAUUCUCGACGUGUUCUUUUCUGUACGGGCGUGUUAUUAUUGCAUCAGUUGCGAACGGAAGACGCGAUACACCACGAC